AUGAUGUCGUAUCUUAAGCAACCACCUUACACAGUCAAUGGACUGAGCAUAACUACCUCCGGGAUGGAUCUGCUACAUCCGUCCGUGGGCUAUCCAGGUAAGUUGUCGGCUUUUUAUGUUGCAAUGAUGUUUUUAUCUGCAGCUACACCUCGUAAGCAGAGACGCGAAAGAACUACCUACACGCGCGCUCAGCUAGACAUUCUAGAGGCCCUCUUCGGCAAGACCCGCUACCCUGACAUAUUCAUGCGGGAGGAGGUGGCCUUAAAGAUAAACCUGCCUGAGUCUCGCGUACAGGUCUGGUUUAAGAACCGAAGAGCGAAAUGUCGUCAGCAGCAACAGCAGCAGCAGACCGGGGGAGCGAACAAGAUUCGGCCAGUCAAAAAGAAAAGUUCUCCGGUCAGAGAAGCGAGCUCUGAGAGUGGGGCGAGUGGCCAGUUCACACCCCCUACCAUUACCUCCGUCCCUACCGUCUCCACCAGUAGUGCGCCGGUGUCCAUCUGGAGCCCAGCUUCAAUCUCCCCCCUGUCCGAUCACCUCUCUACCUCUUCAUCCUGUAUGCAACGGUCGUACCCGAUUACUUAUUCGCAAGCAUCCGGAUACGGUCAAAGUUAUGGUGGAUCAUCUUCUUACUUUAGUGGGAUGGACUGCGGGUCUUACCUCUCCUCCAUGCCUCACCAAAUAGCAGGGCCGGGGUCUGCGCUUAGUCCAAUGAGUGCCAAUACUGUUACCAGUCAUCUCAACCAGUCCCCAGCUUCGCUACCUGCGCAGAGCUACGGAGCUUCUGGACUGGGGUUCAACUCUGUCGCCGACUGCUUGGAUUACAAAGAUCAAGCUGCAUCCUGGAAAUUGAACUUUAAUGCCGAGGGCUUGGAUUACAAAGAUCAGACCUCGUCUUGGAAAUUCCAGGUUUUGUGA